ACUUUAUUACUAAAACAUCUAUAAGUUGACGGGUAGGCUGGGUCCUCCGCGGACGUCGAAUUGAGACGGUCAACGGAGCACUUCCUCGUACGUCACCAGCAGUUCCCGCCCCUAGCUUUUGCUGCCCCCGUCACCUAGCAACCAGUUGCACAAGUGCCGUGAACAGUCAAUUGUUUUAUUUCUGCCGUUAGUAAAGGUGUAAACUGUAAAGACGGAGCCAGAGGCGCUCAUUUCGCUAUUAAUUUUUGUUACCCUAUACUUACAUUUAACAACAAAUUCAGCCGUUGCUGCUGCCGGUACCGGGACGGUUGAUGCCAUUUUCUUUGUAAAAAACUCAUUCAUGAUUGUCGCGCAUUGCAGUCUGGGAAAUGGUAGACCGCGGAACAUACAUCAGAUUUGUCCUCCAAGUCCGGGAAAAUAAGGCCGGAUUCGUUGACUGCAUUCAGAGGAGUCUUGUGUUUUUUUUUAAUGGGAUAGCCUUCUUUUGGCGGAAGUGACGAAUGUGGUCUACGAAUCCGACCCCAGGAGGGUGUGGCUGCUCGGUUGGGACACAGCUACUGCUGUCCCACGGACAAUAUCUUAAUAUACUGAAACUUUAAUUCAAAAACCGUCCUGGAAAAGUUCAGAUGGUCACUUAUCAACGUAAGGGGCAACCUGCCUCCACGCCCCUUAAAGGUCGGCAGAAAAGCAGACAUCCAGAGCCAGGCGGACGCAAUAGACGCAUAUUUUAGUGGACCUACUUAAAACAGUGCUUUUUAUUUAUUUAUGUGGAACAGUAUCACCUCAGAAUCAAGAUACGAACCCGGGGCCACGGGCUGCCGACCCCUGAUCAAGGAGGUGCUGCAUGUCAGGAGAAGAUUCUAUUACUUUACAUACUUUUUGUCAGGGUUUGGAGAAAUAGGACCCAAGUGCAGUAACAAAGGGAGGCAGGUAAGGGUCCAAACAAAAAGCCAGCUAUAUUCCAAAAGCUGUGAACGAAAAUACUCAGCUAGGGGAUACAGCACAUGAAAAACACUCAGCUUGACACACGAAGGACCGACAGGAACAGGCAGGCAACAUGGAUAAGAUCAGGUAGGAAACGACAACCGAACAAGACACAAAAGGGCAACAGAGACUAAAUACACAAGGGUAAUCACAAGGCAAGACACAGCUGGAAAGGGGAGGAGAAAACAGGGGCAACAGGUGAACACAAUGACAUAAUAAGGCACAGGAGGGAAACGAAGACAGGAAGUGAAGCUAAACAUGACACAAGAGGGGAAAACCUUUCAAAAUGAAGCAGGAAACAAAAACAAGGAUCCUGACACUUUUUUGUGUUGCACCGGCUUUUAAUUCAAUAAAAGCUCACCUUUUGUUUAGAUCCCUAUAUUCGCCUCCCCUAUUUUGUACUGCAUUUUGGUCCUGCCUUCUUGCCAAACCGUGACAUGCUUUACUCUGAGGUGAUAAUUGGUUAAUACCAUAUUCAGUACCUUUUGAGCUAAUGUGUUUACUUUUUUACAGGUCCUCCACAGUGAAAUGUGGUAAGGUGAUCUACAAGAGAGUUCAGAUCCAGUCAGGACCUCCAUCUGUCUUCGAGCUGAUAACAAAAGCCGGGAGGAUCGGAUCAAUAAGAAGAAUGACUCUUGGUGAGAAAGAUCCAACAAAGAUGAACAAAACCAUCUUGCUUGUGGGUGAGACAGGCUCAGGAAAAUCGAGUCUGAUCAACUCUCUGAUCAACUACGCCAUGGGGGUGGAGUUCGAACAAGAUGUCUGGUAUCAGAUCAUCCAGGACAAGAAGAAGAGUCAGUCGGAAAGUCAGACUUCAGACGUGACCGUGUACGAGGUCUUUGGUCUUGAAGAUAAACCUCUGUCCUUCUCUCUCACCAUCAUUGAUACUCCUGGAUUUGGAAACACCAAAGGAAGUGAACAAGAUGUCCUCGUCAGCGAAAGACUAUUGAACUUGUUCUGCUCCAGGGAUGGAAUCCAUGAGAUCGAUGCAGUGUGUCUGGUGGUGAAAGCAACAGACUGUCGACUGAGUGACCGACUGAUGUACGUCUUUGAAUCAGUGGUGUCUCUGUUUGGAAAAGACAUAGAGAGGAACAUCGUGGCCCUCAUCACAAACUCACAUUUUUUCAACGCUGAUAAUGUUCUAACAGCUCUGAGAGAUGCAAAUGUCAUGUGUGCAAAAGACAAGGAGGAUCAGCCCGUUCAUUUCAUUUUUAAUAAUGCCCAGAAAACAGAGAAAAAUGUAAGAAAUAAGCUUGCUCUGAAGUAUGCUUGGGAAUCAACACAGAACCAAAUGAGCCAGUUUGCAGAGUUCCUGAACAGCACCAAACCUCAGGACCUGACGAAAACUGUGAAAGUGCUGAAUGCACGCAUCAGUCUGACAGCCUGCUUCCACAACCUGCAAGAGAGGGUCGAGUUUAUCGAGCAGCAACAGAGAGUGAUCAAACAGACUCAAGAAGCCCUGAAGAGACAUGAACAAGACAUGAAGGAUAACAAGGACUUUGAGGUAGAAAUCCAUGAGGUCUUCAAAUGUAAAGAACCGAUCAGUGAGAGAAGAUGGUGGGCGUUAGGGUUGAACUAUGGAGGAGCGGUGUGCUGUGAAGUGUGUCAGGAGAACUGUCACCAUCCAUGCACACUGGCCUGGUAUCCACAUCACUGUGAGGUCCUGCAAUACAAAUGCAGUGAAUGCAACACAAAGUGUAAAGUACCAGGCCAUCAGAAGCAGCUUUACUGCAUGGUAUGCACUGGGAAGUGUCACGUAUCCAGUCACGUGAAAGAAAAACAAUGCACUCAAUGUGAGGGUGAGUGCAGUGAUCCAAAGCAUCCGAAAACAGCCUGGAAAUAUGUGAGCAAGACACGGAAUGUUAAGAUGACCAUACAAGAGAUGAAAGACAUGUAUGAAAAGGGUAAAGAAGAAAGUGAGAAGAAAGUGAGCUUCUUGGAAACUCUUCAGAAGACCAUCGACGAACUUCAGAAGGAAAAAUAUCAGUGGCUGGAAGAUUGUUUCGGAUAUGUUGUCCAACUAGAGAAGAACGCCCUGAAGGUGGACUCACAGACCACUCGGGUCCACCUGGACUUCCUGAUUAUGAAGAUAAAUGAGAAGGGAGACACAGAGAAGGCCGCGAAACUGGAGGAGAUGAAAAGCAAAAUGGACAACAAAAAAAAGAAGUCCAAUCCGAGAGGCGCUUCUUAUCCGAUAUGAAAGGAUUUGGUAAAGCAGCGGUUUAAUGUGUUAGAGAGGAGACAGCUGUGUAGAGAAAAAGCUCUAUACUUUUGAUGAAAUGUAUCCCAUUGAGCGAGUUGUGAUGUUGGUAUAAUGGCUUUAUUGGAACAUGUGUAUUUCCUGGAAACAGCGCCCUUUGUGGUAUCCAUACUCCACUGUGCCCAUCAGGGCCAAUUCAUGCUUUCCACGUUACGGGUCCGCUACGGCCUUCACACGCCAUGUCUGCGAGGAGCCAUGUGCAGCCCAACAUUUGUGGACACAAGGACUGUUUGCCUGGCUAACGUGUUGACUGCACGCUCUUCCUGCUGGUUUCCAAGAAGUCAAAGACAAAGUUAAGAAACUGAAUGAAUGUUUGGAAGAGAUGUUGUAUACUAGCAUGAAUAUCAUUUGCCUUUAAAGGAGUAUGAAGACAGACAAACUGCGCUGCGCUGACAAACAACCUACCGUGGAUUGAUGAUGUGUCAAACAGACCCCUCAAAUGUGACUCUGGUUUGAACCCCUCCCCCUGCUGUUUAAUCAUAGGUACAACAGCUCCCUCCCUCCUCUAUACACAACAUAUGGAAAGUAAACUAAAGCAUGAUUUGAUGUUUCUUGUUUGUCUUUGUAUACUGCAGGGUAGCUGCUGAAUUUACUCCAGGUGAACUAAAGUCUGAUUUAAGGGUUGAUUAUAUUUCACUUCAUUAAUCCAAAUCUGUAAAGUAAUUUAAGGUACGAAUAAUCUCGACUGAUGUGUAGAGGCCACCUUUAAUAUUUCUGUUUGGUGUAAGAGAGGACGUGUAAUCGUUUUUGCUUAAUGUGCCGAUGUGCUGUAGCUUUUCUUUGUUCCUGUAAGAGAUACGCAGUGAGUAAGAGGACAGCUUUCUCCUGUCUUUGAGUUGCAUUGAGGCAGUUUGCAUUUAGAACUUCUUAGCUUGUAAUCAUCUCAAGCUGCCUAUAUUUUGAGACUUGAGUAUUGUGUGAGUUGAUCAUUUCUGAAUGUGUAAUAUUUCUUUACAUAAAAUGAUGUUUGUGUUUUUAAACUACACAUGAUGAGAAUAAGCCUGAAGCUUAGUUUGAUCAAGAAUCACACCAAUAAUAUAGUGUAUGUACGACAUGUGUCAGGGAGGACCACUUCUAAAGUUCUGUAUUUUGCAUGUAUACCUUUUUAGAUAUGCAUCGUUGGUUGCUUUUAUUUUGACACUUUCUUUGAGUUUUCUGACUUCUGUUUUCUCUUCAGCCAGUAAACAGAAAGUCUCCUGCAAUGCUUUUUUGCUUUUGCCUUUUUUUUAACCUGAAUAAAUGGUCACAUGAUCAUUA